UGUUUACUUUAUUUGUUUACUUUGUAUCAAUUGCUAUUCUAGUUUCAGUAUUCUUAUGGUUCAACUUAAUGUGUAAAGCUAAUAAAACAUUUGAUGUAAUUAUAUACUACAUACAUUAUGAAUAUUAUUUCAAUUUGAGUUAUCAACAAACCAUUGCUGGUAAAUUGGAAGAUAAAUACAAGCACCUAUAAAGGUAGUAAAUCAUCUUUUUAUGAGCUAAACUUCUGAUUUGUCUGGAACUGCCAGUGUUGCGUAGAUCAGACUCAUGACACUGUUAAAGCCUGGAGGAAACGCUCCAUAUAUGGCCUGACAGACUGCAAAUGGCAGGACUCACCUGUUUUAUGAUGUCGAGACACUCUCCUUAUUCUCACACAGUUUUUGACUGCAUUACACCUCAGUGUUUGACAGAAGAGAGAAUCAUGUCUUUUUGUAGAUAUCCUUUCACAACAAACAAGAGGAUGAAGAACAGGGCGUUAAUAGUGUCCGUGGGGAACUUCUAUCCAGAUGUAGAUCUGAGCAGGAGAAGCGGCGUGAAGAAAGACACUCAAAGGCUUCACAAAAUCCUCACCAAACUCGGCUUCUCUGUGGAAAUCAAAAUAGACAUUGAAGCAAAAGAGAUCUAUGAAGCAUUUAAAGCAGAGAGCGAGAAGACGGUCAAAGACUGUUUUAUGGGCAUCAUAUCCACUCAUGGUGAGGAGGGUGUUGUGUUUGGUGCUGACGGACAUGCCGUGAAACUGUCCGAGAUCUACAGCUACUUCAGAGGCCCGUCAAUGACGGACAAGAGCAAACUCUUCCUGAUCCAGGCUUGUCGAGGUCAUGGGUUGGACGGAGGUGUGGAGGUGGAGACAGACUCUUCAUCCUCAGAGGAAGAGGACGGCAUGUCUGAGCUUUUUUCCAUUCCUAUUGACACUGCAGUUAUGUACGCCACACCACCAGGUUACGCUGCGUUCAUGCAUCCGACAGGCGCAGUGUUGAUUCAGACUCUCUGUAAUUUGCUGGAAAAGGAAGGAGGUCCAGAUCUGGAGAUCACAAAACUUCUGACUCGACUAAACUACCAGGUGGCCUACAACUUCCAAUCGAGAGGGGAAAAGUUGGGCGGCAAAAAGCAGAUGCCGUGCUUCGUGACGCGCUUUACCAGAGAAGUUUUCCCGUUCAGCAGGACGGCAGCAGCAGAAGAUUUGAGCUUGACCUUUGCUGCCACAAAACUCAUCGAUGAACCCAGAAGGUUAUAAAAAUAAUAAUUUGUUACAUUUAUAUAGCGCUUUUCUGGGUACACAAAGCACUUUACGUAGAAGGGGGGGAAUCUCCUCGACCACCACCAAUGUGCAGCAUCACCUGGAUGAUGCGACGGCAGCCAUAGUGCGCCAGAACGCCCACCACACACCAGCUUACUGGUGGAGAGGAGACAGUGAUGAAGACAAUCAGUAUAUAGGAAUGAUUAGGAGGCCAUGAUGGACAGAGGCCAAUGGGCAAAUUUGGCCAGGAUGCCGGGGUUACACCCCUACUCUUUUUCGAAGGACAUUCUAGGAUUUU